GAAAACGGCUCAGGACAGCGGGAAAUGAAGAGAGGAGCGGCAGGAGUUUCCUCGUUUCGAAUGACACAACUUUACGUGUUAACCGUGCCCGAGUGAGCCCUCUCCGCACCGUAGACGAUCUUGGAGCUCACCUGUCGCUAGGAUACUUUGCCCUCCUCCGCUGUCACGCCAUUGGAUGAUGAGUGAUGGGGGGAAGUGCCGCUCCGCCGCAACUUUGUUACCUUCGUUUAGAAAACUACACAAAGUCCGAAACUGAGGGGAAUCGUGUUAUUUAGAGUUUUCUAGGUGGUUUGUUGUUUUUAAAAAAAGUGACUUUAGUGAUUUCCAGCCGCGAACCGAUGAUGGAGUUCGGCGAGGAGUCGUCGCCCGCCCUGGCCUUUGAGAAGGACGCCUUUGAGCUCACCGUCGAGGAUGUCUAUGACAUUUCCUACGUGAUCGGCCGAGACUUGUUAAAAAUCAGCAGCGCCGGCGAAGAGGUGUCCGACCUGCAGUUCAGGAUAGUGCGGGUCCUGGAGAUGUUCGAGACCCUGGUGAACAAGUACAAUCUGUCCGUGGAGGAGCUGAGAAUGGAGCGGGACAACCUGAAGGCAGAGCUGGACAGGCUCCUCGGGGAGGGCUCUUCCUCCUCCGGACACAGCGCGCGGGAAGCGGGGGCAAAUCAGCUGGUGGUGGACCUGAACGACCCCAACAGACCGCGCUUCACCAUGCAGGAGCUGAAGGAGGUCCUGCAGGAGAGGAACCAGCUGAAGGCUCAGCUCAUGGUGGCCCAGGAGGAGCUGCAGCUGUACAAGAGUGGGAUUCUGCCUCAACCUGAACCAGCCAUGGUUGACGUGGACCUGGAAACAGCAGCAGCCACGCAGGACACUUCCUCCACAAUAAACGAGAAGACAACUAUAGGAAAACUGUUUUCCUUCAGGAGGAAAUGAGAGGAAUCUUUCACCAGAGCUCACCAUUUCAGAGGCAAAUGGGAUUUAUCUGCACAAUUUCCAACCACUUUUGUAAUAAUUAUUGUUUACACACAUGUCUAACAAUAUUUUGUACUGUGGAUUUUAACCUAAGAUGGUUUUUAGUAUUACAGUGCUGCAAAAGCUGAACCAUGAAUGUUUUUUAGGUAACUUGGAAGGUAAAUGUAAAGUAUUAUGUUUUAGUUAUUCCCUUUGUCAGCAUUUUUACUCAUCUAAAUUGUCUUGAAAUGACAUAAACAUCGACAUUAUGCACAGAUCUCAGUAAAUAACAUAUGACCCUGUCUAGCCAAUAUUAUCAAAACAAUGCAGAUUAAAUGUCUUUUUUUAUGCUGGA